AUGACACCCUCCCCUGACCUGCCCAGGGGCAAGAUCCACCCCAACUUCUGCCCUGCCUGCCUGCCCCAGGGGGACCCUAACAUCCAGGCCACCCCUAUCAUGGUGCUACAGGCCCUGCCCUGGGGCUCAGACACUCCUCGCCAGGAAGCCCUACAAGGAACUCAGGCUGGGAGUCAGGUGAAGGAGGAGUAGGGCCAUGCCCAAGCCGCCCCCAAGAGCCCCCUGAGCCUGCGGCCCUGUCACACGACCUACUCGGGUGCCCCCAAGAGCCCCCUGAGCCUGCGGCCCUGUCACACGACCUACUCGGGUGCCCCCAGGAGCCCAGAGGCCAACGCCCACCAUGGUGGUUUGGCUGUAGCAAUCACAAAGGCAGGAGAUGGUAGACUGAGUGUGUCCUUGCCGCCACUGGUGGCCACCCAUGCAACGAUGCCAGCAGAGAUACUGCAGCCAGACGUAUCGCUGCCUGUUGAAGUUGAGGGCAGCAAGGAGCGUUUCCACUGGCAGAGCCACAACGUGAAGCAGAGUGGCGUGGACGACAUGGUGCUCCUGCCUCAGAUCACCGAGGACGCCAUCGUGGGCAACCUCCGCAAGCGCUUCAUGGACGACUACAUCUUUACCUACAUCGGCCCGGUGCUCAUCUCUGUAAACCCCUUCAAGCAGAUGCCCUACUUCACGGACCGCGAGAUCGACCUCUACCAGGGCGCGGCCCAGUACGAGAAUCCCCCGCACAUCUACGCCCUCACAGACAACAUGUACCGAAACAUGCUGAUCGAUUGUGAGAACCAGUGUGUCAUCAUCAGUGGAGAGAGUGGAGCUGGGAAGACAGUAGCAGCCAAAUACAUCAUGGGCUACAUCUCCAAGGUAUCUGGUGGAGGAGAAAAGGUCCAGCACGUCAAGGACAUCAUCCUGCAGUCAAACCCGCUCCUCGAGGCCUUUGGCAAUGCCAAGACUGUCCGCAACAACAAUUCCAGCCGCUUUGGCAAGUACUUUGAGAUCCAAUUCAGCCGCGGUGGGGAGCCAGAUGGGGGCAAGAUCUCCAACUUCCUGCUGGAGAAGUCUCGCGUGGUCAUGCAGAAUGAAAACGAGAGGAAUUUUCACAUCUACUACCAGCUGCUGGAAGGGGCCUCCCAGGAGCAGCGGCAGAACCUGGGGCUCAUGACACCUGACUACUACUACUACCUCAACCAAUCAGACACCUACAAGGUGGACGGCACCGAUGACAGGAGUGACUUCAGUGAGACUCUGAAUGCCAUGCAGGUCAUUGGGAUCCCGCCCAACAUCCAGCAACUGGUCCUGCAGCUUGUGGCAGGGAUCAUGCACCUGGGGAACAUCAGCUUCUGUGAAGAUGGGAAUUAUGCCCGGGUGGAGAGUGUGGACCUCCUGGCCUUUCCCGCUUACCUGCUGGGUAUCGACAGCAGUCGGCUGCAGGAGAAACUGACCAGCCGCAAGAUGGACAGCCGCUGGGGAGGCCGCAGCGAGUCCAUCGACGUGACCCUGAAUGUGGAGCAGGCAGCGUACACCCGCGACGCCCUGGCCAAGGGACUCUACGCCCGCCUCUUUGACUUCCUUGUGGAGGCCAUCAAUCGUGCUAUGCAGAAGCCCCAGGAAGAGUACAGUAUUGGGGUACUUGACAUCUAUGGCUUCGAGAUCUUCCAGAAAAACGGCUUUGAGCAGUUCUGCAUCAACUUCGUCAAUGAGAAGCUGCAGCAAAUCUUUAUCGAACUCACCCUGAAAGCCGAGCAGGAGGAGUACGUACAGGAGGGCAUCCGCUGGACCCCCAUCCAGUACUUCAACAACAAAAUCGUCUGCGAUCUCAUCGAAAACAAGCUGGUCUCCUACGACGUCAGCGGCUUCUGUGAGAGGAACAGAGACGUUCUCUUCUCCGACCUCAUAGAGCUGAUGCAGACCAGUGAGCAGGCCUUCCUCCGGAUGCUCUUUCCCGAGAAGCUGGAUAUCGACAAGAAGGGCCGCCCCAGCACCGCCGGCUCCAAGAUCAAG